AUGGCUGACCAUCUUUUGCAUUAUAGUGACUCAGCUGGGGUUGGGAAUCGAUUCGCUCGCAAAGGUGCUUUGCGACAGAAAAAUGUGCAUGAAGUGAAAAACCACAAAUUUACUGCGAGGUUUUUCAAGCAGCCGACGUUCUGCAGCCACUGUACAGACUUCAUAUGGGGAUUUGGAAAACAAGGAUUUCAAUGCCAAGUGUGCUGUUUUGUGGUUCACAAACGGUGCCAUGAAUUUGUCACCUUCUCCUGUCCUGGGGCUGACAAGGGUCCUGACACAGAUGACCCCAGAAGCAAGCACAAGUUCAAGAUCCACACAUAUGGCAGUCCCACCUUCUGCGACCACUGCGGUUCGCUGCUGUACGGGCUCAUCCACCAGGGGAUGAAAUGUGACACCUGCGACAUGAACGUGCACAAGCAGUGUGUGGUCAACGUGCCAAGCCUGUGUGGGAUGGACCACACGGAGCGCCGGGGUCGCCUCUUCCUCAAGAUCGAGGUCAGCGGGGACAGGCUACACGUCACAGUGGGUGAAGCCAGGAACCUGAUCCCAAUGGAUCCAAAUGGUUUAUCAGACCCGUAUGUUAAACUCAAACUCAUCCCAGACCCAAAGAAUGAGACCAAACAGAAGACCAGGACCAUCCGUUCAUCUCUCAACCCCUGCUGGAACGAGUCCUUCAACUUCAAGCUGAAAGCAGCCGACAAGGACCGCCGUCUCUCCAUUGAGGCGUGGGACUGGGACCGAACCACCCGGAACGACUUCAUGGGCUCCAUGUCAUUUGGAGUGUCCGAGCUGAUCAAAGCUCCCACCUGUGGCUGGUAUAAGUUGCUGAACCAGGAGGAGGGGGAGUACUACAACGUGCCCAUCCCUGAGGAAGACGAUGUCGACCUGGAGCUCCGACAGAAGUUUGAGGACUGCCAGUUAAAUAUCCACUAUCUCAAGAAAGCCAAGCUGGGCCACGGUAAGAAAGUGAUCACACCGUCAGACCACCGGCGGUUCAGCCUGCCUUCAGGUAACAUGGACCGGAUCCGACUCAGUGACUUUAACUUCCUGGCCCUGCUGGGGAAAGGCAGCUUCGGCAAGGUAAUGUUGGCAGAGAUGAAAUCAACAGAGGAGCUGUAUGCCAUCAAGAUCCUAAAGAAAGAUGUCGUAAUCCAGGAUGAUGAUGUUGAAUGUACAAUGGUGGAAAAGAGAGUCUUGGCCCAGAGAGACAAACCGCCUUUCCUCACACAGCUGCACUCCUGCUUCCAGACUGUGGAUCGGCUGUACUUUGUGAUGGAGUACAUAAAUGGAGGAGACCUCAUGUAUCAUAUCCAGCGUAUGGGCAAGUUCAAGGAGCCACAGGCAGUGUUUUAUGCUGCAGAGAUUGCGGUCGGUUUGUUUUUCCUUCAUCGGAAGGGAAUCAUCUACAGGGAUCUGAAGCUUGACAACGUGAUGCUGGACUCCGAGGGCCACAUCAAGAUUGCUGACUUUGGCAUGUGUAAGGAGAACAUGUAUGAAGGCAUGACCACACGCACGUUCUGUGGCACACCCGACUACAUUGCACCAGAGAUUAUAGCAUACCAGCCGUAUGGGAAAUCUGUGGACUGGUGGGCAUAUGGCGUUCUUCUGUAUGAGAUGCUGGCAGGACAGCCGCCAUUUGAUGGAGAGGAUGAGGACGAGCUAUUCCAGUCCAUCAUGGAGCACAAUGUGUCCUACCCUAAGUCCAUGUCUAAAGAAGCGGUGUCCAUCUGCAAAGGGCUGAUGACCAAGCACCCAUCAAAGCGUCUCGGCUGUGGCCCAGAAGGCGAGAGGGACAUCAGAGAGCAGGCCUUCUUUAGACGCAUUGACUGGGAUCGCCUGGCCAACAGAGAGAUCCAGCCGCCAUUUAAACCCAAAGUGUGUGGCAAAGGAGCAGAAAACUUUGACAAGUUUUUCACACGCACCCAGCCCGUGCUGACCCCUCCCGACCAGCUGGUCAUCGCCAACAUCGACCAGAGCGAGUUUGCAGGCUUCUCCUACAUCAACACUCAGUUCACCCAUCCAUCCCUGCACAGCGUGGUAUGA